AUGUCCGGCGAGAAGAUGGAGGACGCGGUGCCUGAAGACGCACAAACGUUUGAGCUGCAGCUCAUACUGCCCUCUCGCCCGCUGCUGCCGAAGCGUGUGGCGCAGCUCGGUCUGCCUGAGACGCCGUCGCCGCUCAAGGUCGCCGUCACGCCGACCGAGACGCUGAACGAUUUGCGUGCGACGAUCAAUGACUCGCCCGAGGGCUACUGGCUCGGCGCGUUUGCGUUCACGCGCCCCAAGUCCAGCGAGCGCGUGAAGGAGUGGGUGCCGCUGCAGGAGGUGUUUGAGGGCGUGCCGGUCGACCGCCGCGUGCUCAACGUGACGCAUGUGCCGUACACCGAGACGGAGGUGCGUAUGCACCUGCAGCGCCUGCGCGACCUGCUCACCGGCGGCCAGGCGGACCCGUCGGCGCUGAGCAUCGACGCGGCGGCGAGCGUGCACGACGCGGUGGUCGCGCCGCAGGAGUGGACCGAUGCCCCGGUGCCGCCCGCCGACCAGUGGAACGGCUGGCCGGCUGCGACGACCGACGCGCUGUACCCCGACGUGUGCCGCACGCCGCGCCCGCUGCCCAAGUGCGUGCGCGCAAUGGCGCUCAGCGCGUGGAACCCCCCGCCGCAGCCGAUGGCGCUCCAAGGCCACCUGCUCUACCUCGUCGUCGAGACGCUCGAGGGCGAGGCGCUGCACCUCACCGCGAGCACGUACGGUUUCUUUGUGAACAAGAGCACGUCGAACCGCUUCGACCCCCAGCCGAACGAGGACAAGGCGUCGCUGCACUCGGCGUCGCUCUUUGACGUCCUGUGCGCCGCGUCGCCGCUGUUCCUGCGCAACUUUGCCAAGCUCUUUAACGACCCGGUGUCGACGCGCGACUACUUCUCGGCGCUGCCGGUGAUGAACACGAUGCCUGCGACGCCGUGGCUCGCGCGUGAGGCGCGCCACGACGCGGACCUCUUGCGCUCGCAGACGGCCUACCUGCUCACCGGCGCCACGUCGUCGGACACGCUCGACGCGUCGCGCGACUGGAACGAGGAGCUGCAGUCCUCGUAUGAGCUGCCGCGCGCAACGCUUGCCGAGCGCCUCAUGCGCGACCGCGUGCUCAACCGCCUCUAUGCCGAGCUGAGCGUCGCGGCGGCGCGGGCCGUGCCGCGUGUCGCGGCCGGCGAAGUCGUGCCGAUGAACCCUGCGGACGCGCCAGAGGCGCACAUGUUCCUCUUCAACAACCUCUUUGUGUCGAAAGGAGUGGAUGGCGUCAACAUCUACCCGUAUCUCGGCGGCGACGAGGCGGCGCACGUCGCGGUGAGCAAGGACGUGCAAGGCGUGCGCCUCUUUGCGACGCUCGACGUCGAGGGCUUGCACCUCCUGGGCACGGUCGUGGUUGACUGGCUCGGCGAGCGCUGGGUCGUCCAGACGGUCGUCCCCGGCCUCUUUAAGAGCAACGACGCCGUGGCGAACGACGCUGAGGACGCCGAGGCCAAGGACGGCGCCGCGGCGCCUGCGUCCGUCGUCUACGGCGGCGCCGAAGGGCCCGAGACGAUCCAGACGGACGCCGAGUUUGACGCGCUCCUCCGCCCGGCGGCCCGCCGUCUGCACCUCGCCGAGCACAAAGUGCCUGACGCGAGCGGUGCCGAACACGAUCUCGCAGUGAGCGUCGACUGCAAGGGCCUGCGUGGCGCCGACGGCCGCAAGUACCUGCUCGACGUCUCGCGGACGUGCCCGGUGGAUGUGGCGUUCCUCGAGAAUGACGCCUCGGCCGCGGUGCUCGAAGGCAGCAGCAAGCCGGCGUAUCCCCACCGCAUGGCGCUGCUGCGCCCCGAGCUGCUCGAGCUCUAUUACGACCACGCACUCCGCGAGUACGCGCGCGAGAAGCUCGCGCAGCAGCCCGCGGACCAAGAGUCGCCCGCGCGCAUCGACGUCGCCGACUUUGCGCUCGCAUUCAACCCCGACGCAUUUGUCGAGUACAGCGUGCAAGGCGAGGUGCGUGUCCCGUGCAAGGACCCGUCCGAGCCCGGUGUCAAGGCCGUGCGCGAUGCCGGCGUCUACCUGCGCGACUCGGCGAUCCCCCGCUUUGUGAGCGACGCUGCGGCCGGCCUCGUGUCGUGCGCCGACGGCCUCGCGCUUACGCAGCAGCUGCACGCGCGUGGCAUCAAUAUGCGCUACCUCGGCCUCGUCGCGCACCUGUGCCAAGGCUCGCAGCGCGAGCGUCUCGACGAGGCGAUCGUUGCCAAGCUCGGCCCCGGCUUCGAGACGCUCCUUGCAUCUGUGCGCCGCGUCGCGAUGCAGGAGAUGGUCGUGCGUGCGGCGAAGCAUGUCUUGCGCUCGUACCUGCGCGGCACGCCGGCGACGUCGGUCGCCGCGUGCAUCGCGCACUUUGGCAACUGCUUCCUCGGCACGGGUCUCGACGCAAACCCCGCCGCGGUGGUGCCCCCUGCGCCGUUCGGCGACGCGGGCACGUCGCAGUGGGCGUCGCUUACGCCGCAGAAGCUGCACGACGCCCUGCGCGAGUCGGUGCGUGUGCGCUUCCGCUUCGAGCUGCCGGCGAGCUUCUUUGACGAGAUGCACAAGCCGCAGAUCCUCCGUGCGCUGUGCCUGCGCAUGGGCAUCCAGCUGCGUCUGCAGGACUAUGUCUUUACCGAGCGCCCGGCCGCGCCGGCGCCUGCGCAGCCCAAGAAGCUCAGCGCGAAGGAGAAAAAGGCACUCGCCAACACGCCGCCGCCGCGCACCAAGACCUUCCUCCCGUCGGACGUGCUGAACAUUGUGCCGGUCGUGAAGAACUCGACGCCAAAGAGCGCGCUUGUCGAGGAGGCGUUCGAGGCGGGGCGCCUGUCGUUUGCGCGCGGCGACCGCGAGCUCGGUGCGGAGCUGCUGCUGGAAGGCAUCGGCUUCCACGAGCAGGUCUAUGGCCUGGUGCACCCCGAGACGGCGCGGUGCUACUCGCUCUUUGCGUCGCUGGCGCACCACUUUACCGCCGAGCGGGCGCGUGAGCUGGCCAAGAAAGAGCAGGAGAAGGCGGCGAAAGAGAAGGAGAAGGAAGAGAGUGAGAAGGAGGGCGAGGAGGCCAAGGAGGCCAAGGAGGCCAAGGAGGCGAACGGCGAGACGAACGGCGAGGCAAACGGCACCGACGCCGCCGACGCCGCCGACGACCUCCCUCCGAUCGUCGCCGAGACCGUGACACUGGACAAUGCGCUGCGUUUCCAGCGCCAGGCCGUCACCAUCUCGGAGCGUACGCUGGGCCUCGACCACCCCGACACGAUGAUGCAGUACAUGAACCUUGCCGUGAUUGAGCGCUCGUCCGGCAACUUUGACCAUGCACUGCGCUACCAGCACCGCAUCCUCACGCUCUGGCAGCUCCUCUACGGCGACGACCACCCCGACGCGGUGCACACGCUCUCGUCGAUUGCGCUGCUGCUGCAAGCGAAGCGCGACUUUGCGACGUCGCUCAAGGUGUACCAAGUCGCCUAUGAUCUUGCGCUGCGCCUCUUUGGGCCCGACUCGAUCUACACCGGCAACAUGGCGCACGAGCUGAGCCAGGCACACACGCUCAGCGGCGACCUCAAAAACGCGAUCCAGGUCGAAAAAGAGGCCUGGCGCGUCUUCCACGAGCGCCUCGGCGACGAGGACGCGCUCACAAAAGAAAGCCAGGCAUUCCUCUCGAGCCUCGCGACGAGCGCCGUGCGCGUCGCCAAGUUUGAGCAGGCGGCGACCAACGCACCCCGCCGCGGCGCGCCCCGAGGCCGCGGCCGCGCACCAAAGGGCCGCGUCCCUCGUACGUAG